GGAUGAUUGACGUGGCGACGGCGCCAUGGUGCUGGGCAGGGCUUCGACGGCUGCGGCCGGCGGGAUCGGCGAGUUUUCACCGCGGGGUGUCAUGGCUGGGAGUCGUCGGGAGACAGAGAGGGAAAAGCUGCUCACAUCAGUCAACAGCUAUGGCUCCCAAGACCAUGUCCACACAGUCAUUCCUCACUCUGAUCUGUCUUCUCAAGCAGCGUUGGACAUACAAGAGGAAGAACUCAAGAGGAAACUGAAGUACUACUUCAUGAGUCCCUGUGACAAAUAUCGAGCAAAAGGCCGGAAACCUUUCAAAUUGCUGGUACAAAUCAUUAAGCUCAUCUUAGUCACUGUACAGUUAAUCCUGUUUGGGUUGAGUAACCAGAUGGUGGUGGAUUUUACAGAGGAAAACACGAUGACUUUUAAACACCUAUUCUUGAAGGAUUACACAGAUAAAUCGAAUGAUUUCUAUGCUGUGUAUACACAGAGGAAUGUUAUGAUUCUAUUCUUCACAGUUGAACAGUACCUGGCUCUACAAAAUAUCUCUCUGGGGCGAUAUGCCUACGUAACUGAAGGUGACGUGAAUCGGACUGGUCUCCAGCUGUGCCAUCGUUUUUAUAAGAAGGGCAGCAUCAAUCCUGAAAAUGACACCUUUAACAUCAACCCACAGGUGAUAACAGAGUGUGUGAGUGUGAGCCCCACAGAGAGACAGAUGUACAGGAACAUCUCACUGAAAUUCUACAAACUUAUAGAUGUUUCCAUAAGAUUUAAGCUGAAGGCCAUUAACAUUCAGACGAUCAUCAACCAUGAAAUUCCAGAUUGCUACACAUUUCACAUUCUAAUACUGUUUGAUAACAAGGCACACAGUGGCCAGAUAAAGAUCAGUCUGGACAACACAGUGCUCAUCAAUGAGUGCACGGAGCCCAGUGUUUAUGGAUAUGGGAGGAGUGAGACUGGCCUCCUGAUAUUUGACAUUUGUGUCAUUAUAUUGUGCCUGGUGUCCUUUGGCCUGUGCCUGAGGUCAAUCAUCCGUGGAGUCAUCCUGCAAGCUGAAUUUAGAAAAUUUUUCCAGCUGAAGCACAAAAGGGACGUGUCCUGCACCACUCGCAUGGAAUUUAUCAACGGCUGGUACGUUCUGCUGAUAAUCAGCGACGUGCUCACCUUCGUGGGCACAAUCAUGAAGAUAGGAAUCGAGUCCAAGAACAAUGCGUCCUAUGACCUGUGCAGUAUCCUACUCGGGACCUCAACUCUGUUAGUUUGGGUUGGAGUGAUUCGCUAUUUGAGUUUCUUUCAGAAAUACAACAUCCUCAUCGUGACUCUCCGAGCUGCUUUCCCAAACGUGAUCAGAUUCUGCUGCUGUGUUGCUGUAAUCUACAUGGGUUACUGCUUCUGUGGGUGGAUAGUGCUGGGCCCUUAUCAUGACAAGUUUCGAACGCUCUCGCUGGUGUCCGAGUGUUUGUUUUCACUCAUCAACGGGGACGACAUGUUUGUGACGUUUUCCCACAUGCGACAGAAGAGUACACUGGUUUGGCUGUUCAGCCAGGUCUAUCUGUACAGCUUCAUUAGCCUGUUCAUCUACAUGGUCCUCAGUCUCUUCAUCGCCCUCAUCACUGGCUCCUAUGAAGCCAUAAAGCACCACGGAAUCAGCGGGGUCCAUCCCAUUGAGCUCCGGGAGUUCAUCGCUGAGUGCACAGAUGCUCCAAGCUCGGGCAAGUUCCGUGAGGUGGAGAGCUCCAUCUGUUCCUCCUUCUGUUGCUGCGACAGAAUGACCACCUACGAAGAGACCCUCUUGGUAAACUGACCCCAACACAAGGGUGAGGAUGCUGCUUGUGGUUCCAGUUGGCUGUCCCUGAAAUCCCCCAGGCAGGCACUGGAUAUUGGGAAAGCCAUGUCCUGGGUGCUUUGCGGUGUACUGGUGACAUCUCCAUGAUGGAGCUUCGUAUAUGCUGGUAUCCAACGCCACAUAAAAUGACUGAUAUAUUUAUUGUACAGAGGAACACUGUUGAAUGCAGAUAUUGGUUUCUUUAUGUAUUGAUUUGAAGGGAACAUUUCUUGAAAGACAAUCAUGUCCAUGAUACGAAUGCUGAACUGAAGGCAUUGAAAUCUUCCUGGGAUCUUUUCACUUCAUCUCUAACCAUACCCAGGGUAGGAAGCGCAACGCUAACUAACUCUCCCAGUAGUUGCAUGGACUAGAGCCAUGACCAGAGGUUUCAAUGAGGUCCUGAUUUACUGGAGAAGUGAUACAGCCAGGGGUUCCUGUGCUGGAUGUAUUCCUGCUUGUAGCUGCAUUGGUGAACUGCACCCACAAAUUGUCCAAUGGGAAGGAAGUAAACUGGGACCUUGGUAGUGAUCUGACAUUAGUGGUCUCGCUUUAAGAUAUUUCGCAUCGAGUCUGUACCACUGUUGGAUGUUGGAUAAGAUUCUGGCUGAUUUGCGUCAUAGUUUGGUUUACUCCUCUCGUCCCAUAAAAUCCAUCACUUAGACCUAAAUUCAAGGGAAUAUAAACUUAUUGUCUGUAUUUUUUCUGAAAACUUAACCUCCUAGCCCCAGUGCCAGACAGUGUGUUGCACUGUAUCCCAAGGCCAGUGUGUACUUAGUGAAGAGUGGAACUGGAGUGACUUUGCCUGUUGAUUUGGUCACCCAGAAGUUUGGUGGUUGAGUGGACUGUCCAGCAGUUUUAGUCUGUAAACUUCCUGUAAAAAUUAUUUUGAGAAAAGCAGCCUGUUGUUGCUUUCAGACUUUGUUAAUUCAGUCACUAGGGUGUGGAGCAGGACUUGUGAACCAUCAAAAGGAUGAACCUACAGUAAAUUGACUGCAGUCUAUUCCAGUCUGCACACACCACGUUACCCCAGCUCUUCUCAAAGAAAAGGGUGAUUUCUGUAGCAGUGGAUGGAGUAUGAACUGUGUGCACUAAAGUAAUCCCCAUCAUUUAAACCCAUGUGGUCUUUUGGCAUUAUUGGUGGGUGUACAAUCCAAUCAUUUCCAUUCUGGUUGGGACUCGGUGUCAUCAAAGGAGCGUUUUCACCUUUCCCCUUGCCUUGGUGUGGUAUCAGCUGGAGGUGAAGUACAGGGGUGGUUCUGGCUCUCUCAGCCCAGGUUUGCACCAGCCUCUGGUUUUGGCACGCUGCCUAGGGCACUCUAUCUCUAUCUCUGGGUACUGCAGCAAUUUUCAGGGGAAAGGUCACGAUCACCUUUUAUCAAAUGGUUUGAACUAAGGAUCGAUUUGCAGCAGAGGUCCCUCUUCAGCUGGUGUCACCAUUGGGAAUGAAGCUGCUGAAAACUUCAGUUACCUUUUUAAACAAAAGAAACUUUCAUUGUUUUUAGAGACUGUUUUAAAGUUAUCAUGAUUUCAGCCCCUCCUGAUUUUCAGUCUGACUAAAGUCUGUCCACUACUUUGAGCUGUGGUGUGAGCCUCUGUAACACAAGACCCCAGAGCUGUACCUGCAGCCAGCAGGGUGCAGAGGAAGUAGUCAGAGAGAGAACGAGUGUGGGGACUGUGGCAAGAACAGUAAAGUCAUCGGUGGCAUGGCACUUUGUCAGCCCGGUUUUCGAUCUGUACCUUGUUAGCAGCCCACAACCUGUUCAGGGCCACAGUUGUACAGGUAGGUGUCGCCUGCGUUUCAGCAGCGAGUGCAGACCCUGGAGAACAGUGAGCCUCGCAGUGACCCAGGCACGUUCUGGCUCCUCGUCCAACGACACAGUGGUGCGCAUUAGGCAUCCGAAAUAAAAACAAGUGUCAUAAAUGCUCAUCAGGUGGCAGGGCCGUGCAGGGGCAGGGAAGGUUCAUUAACCUGGGGUUUGACUUUGUCUCAUGACGGCGAAACAGAGCCCAUACCCCAGCCCUCAGUUCUGCUUCUGACGUAGAACAUAGAACAGCACAGAACAGGCCCUUUGGCCCACAAUGUGGUGCUGACAUAGCUCUUCCCUCCUACCUACAGAAUGCCCAUAUCCCUCUAUUUUCCUCAUUCAUGUGCCCAUCCAAGCCCCUCUUAAAGCCCCCAACGAAUUUGCCUCCUCCACCCUAUCAGGCAACGCAUUCCAGGCAUCCACCACUCUCUCAGUAAAAAAACAUACCCCUCACAUCUGUUCUGAACCUACCCCCUCUCACCUUCAAUGCAUGCCUUCUGGUAUUGGAUCACUCAAUAAUGGGAAAAAGAUAUUGCUUGUCCACCCUGUCUAUGCCCCUCAUAAUUUUAUACACUUCCAACAGAUCACCCCUCAGCCUCCGCCGCUCCAGAGAAAAGAGCCCAAGUUUGUCCAGCCUCUCCCGAUAGCACAUGCCCUCUAAUCCAGGCAGCAUCCUAGUAGACCUCCUCUGCACCCUCUCUAAAGCCUCAACAUCCUUCCUAUAGUGAGGUGACCAGAAUUGCACACAAUACUCUAAAUGCAGCCUAACCAGAGUUCUAUAGAGAUGCAUCAUCACUUCUUGACUCCUGUACUCAAUACCCCAAUUAAUAAAUGCAAGCAUUCCAUAAGCCUUCUUAACCACCCUAUCUACCUGUGUAGCCACUUUCAAUGAGCAAUGGAUGUGCACCCCAAGGUCUCUCUGCUCUUCAACACUGUUAAGGGUCUUGCCCUUUAGAGUGUACUGCCUUUUGACAUUAGUCCUACCAAGGUGCAACACCUCACAUUUAUCCGGGUUAAACUCCAUCUGCCGUUUCUCUGCCCACAUCUGCAACUGAUCUAUAUCACGCUGUAUCUGUCACCAGUCUUCUACACUGUUCACAACUCCGCCAAUCUUGGUAUCAUUUGCAAACUUAUUAACCCAUCAACAUACUCAUCCAGGUCAUUUAUGUACGUCACAAACAGCAAGGGUCCCAGUACAGAUCCCUGCGGAACACCACUACUCACAGGCCUCCAGCCCGAAUAAGUCCCUUCAACCACCACCCUUUGUCUUCUGCAGGUAAGCCAGUUCUCCACUGAUCUCAUGCAUCUGAACUUUGUUGAUUAACCAAUGAUGUGGGACCUUGUCAAAUGCCUUGAGCACAACCCUCCCUGAAUGUCCCUCCUCCCAUGGUUGUAAUAGCUAGUGCCCCUUUUCAUGUACCAGUGAUAAAUCCUUGUCCUUGGAGCUUUCUCAAUAUGGAUCAUUCCAGAAACUUGGGUUCCAUCUUGUGAUGCCUUAUGUUCCACGGGACCAAGGUUUGCCACAGCUCCUCGGAUCUGAAGUGGUUUGCAGAACUUGUGCAUUUUGCAUUGGAGCUGCUACCUUAGGGUCAUCGUCUAAACGCUUGCGCCUCUCACUGCCUCCCCUCUGCUGUUCCAGAAUCCAGAAGUUGCAGGGUAAUGCAACAAUGUCCUCAGUUAUACUUUGGUUUCCUGGAUGCACAAAUAAUAAAUCAAACCUUGUUUGCCUUUGA